CUUUUCAUCUCUUUUUCUCAAGGUGUCUGUCCUACAUGGAACCACAAAAUAUAUCACGUGCCCCCAUAUUCCUCCUCAUGGGCCUCUCCAACGAUCCAGAUCUGCAGUACCCUCUCUUUGGAAUAUUCUUGUUCAUGUACCUGGUGACAGUGCUUGGGAACCUGCUCAUUAUCCUGGCCAUCAGCCGGGACAGCAACCUUCACACACCCAUGUACUUUUUCCUGGGUAACCUGUCCCUUGCUGACAUCGCUUUCACCUCCACGAUAGUCCCAAAGACGCUGAAUGUCAUCCACACACGCAACAAUAUCAUCUCCUAUGUAGACUGCCUGUUCCAGUUGUCUUUCUUACAUUUGUUUGGAUAUAUGGACUGUCUGCUCCUCACCGCAAUGGCCUAUGACAGAUACGUGGCUAUUUGUCGCCCCCUGCACUAUCCAUCCAUUAUGAACCCCUGUGUCUGCGGUCUGCUGCUUUUGAUAACCAUUUUCAUCAGUCUUUUGGAGGCCCAGUUACAAUUCUUGAUGGUGUCACAUCUUCACUUCUGCAUUGAUGUGGAAAUUCCCAAUUAUUUUUGUGACCCUCCACAACUCUUCAGCCUGGCCUGUUCAUUCACCUCAACCAAAGCCAUAUUAGUGUAUUGCAUGGGUGCUGUCUUUGGUGGA